AUGCCGAGAACGAAUUUCCACUCGACGUUCGACUGCAUUAUCUCUUGGUUGCGCAGAGUCAAAAAUUUCGAUAAUGGAUCGGAAUUAGCAGAUAUCAUCCGUCGCGGCGAAUUGGUCUCUUUGAGUGACGAACAAGCCGUGCACCUUUUGUACCUCCAGUUCCAGAACGAAUUCGAACGGUUGAAGCGCGUCGAUUAUACACUUGAACAGGGCGACGGGGAUCCUCUGAAGGGAAGUUUAGAUGGGAAAGGCCUUACGCCGUCGCAGUUUCUUUUCGGUGAGGAUUACGCCGAGAUAAACCGAACGGUGGUUAACUUUCUGUCUCUAAAAUGGCUUCUCGAGGAUAACCAUCAAGCGUUUACAGCGCAUCAACCCAGUGCCGUGCAGCUGUCUAUACCAACAUUCAAAAGCUUUCGCGAGUUAGCGCGGAACAUCCUGGGAACGACGGAUGAUAUAUUGGCCUUGGUUGUAUCAUUGAUCCUGGGAGACGUGGGGAAAGAUCCUCAAUUAGAAGAGGAUAUUGAAAGGAAAGAUGGCAGAAAGCCAAACCAUGACGAGGUUCUGGCCAGGGCAAUUCAGCUGCGUCGGUUUCGUAAACCGCUGGGCUUACUCACGAAGGAUAAGCGGGCGGAGGUGCUUCUGGGGGUGCGGGUCGGAGCAAAGCUCAACAUUCCACAACUGACACAAGGUGAGAACGUCCCGGGAAGUCUGGAGAGUAUUCUCAUGCUGCAAGGACAACCGCAGGCAUUUAAGCUGAAGUACCUUGAGAUUAUGCUGGAUGUCUCCGGGGCAGGGGCUCAUGUUGACGCGCGUGGUGCUGUUCGCAUGAUUGAGCCGGUCUGCAAGUCCUUCUUGUCCGCCUACCCGGUGCUGGAGCAGGUCAUUUCCAAAACGCUUUCAGUGCGUGACGCUUAUAAUACGGUCCUGCAAAAUCGAGGUCAGCUACUGGCCGAGCAAGGCUUUCAUGCAUUAUCCACAAAUAACCCCAGCGACCGGGCCUUUCUCCGCCUUUGCGCAAUGGGUAGAGUAGCGGAUAAACAUCUAGCGGAACUGUUUGAGAAAGCAUUCACAGAGCUCCCGCAACCUACACAAGAAGAGCUCAUUACUGGACUGAACGUCGACGGGUGCAAUGGCGAAGACGCGGUAAUCCUCUACUAUAUGCCCGCGAUAUUCGCAGAGGCUCUAAGGGUCACCCGUACUGCAUCAGAUGUAAAGAAAAUCCAAGUUCUUCAGAGCCUCAUGUCAUUCAUGGCACGAACAUACAAUGAUACAAAGCCAGUUGAUGGACAUCCCGGCGUCAUUCUUGAACGUGACGUGUCUGGGGCGAAGGACUAUAUACGAAUGGACGGUUUCAUCGACGAUCCCACCAUUUUGGAUCAAUGCGUUCCUCCAGUAGCGACGUAUUAA